UGAACUGUUUUUAUAUUUACAACGAUCUCCUGCUUGCUGGGGUUAUAUGAUCAUUAGCAAAUGCUAACGAAUCUGCAAUAAUGGAAACGCAACGUUUCUCAGAGAAGGCCAACACGGAUCUUACUCUUCCUCUUUCCUCGCUACGCCUUUUGGUUCCGCCGCUGCGGCUCAUCUCAGCGGCCAUGUGGCAAGUGGCAGAGCGACAAGACGUAAUGCAUUAUGGGAAACUGGAGGAGUUUGUAGCUUUGGUGACAGACAGCAUUCCUGAACUUCUGAGUUAUAGACAGAGGGCACAGCUCAUCCAGGGACUGCGAGCAAGGUUCAUUCUGGAGUUGUGUCGUGAUGAGCACCCAGCUGACCCACAGACCAUCCAGACCCACAUUGACAGGAUCCAGUCCCCAAGUGUACCAUCCAGUUCCAUAGGGAGUAGUGAUGCUGAGGUGGAGGCAAUGGAAGCAAAUUUUGUGGAGCUGGUGAAAACCCUGCUGAAAGACCCAGCUGAGAGAGAGCACUUCUUCCAGGAUGUGUUCCCGGUAGAGUACGGCCCAAACUAUGACUCAGCCCUGCAGAUGCUGGCAUGGGAGUUUCUCUCCAAACUGGAGCAGCUGCUGCCAGUACCAGAUCUCACACAGACGGUGUCCUGGCUCAGUACUGCCCCCUCUGUCGUGGAGGAGUGCAUGGAGUCUGUUUCUCAUCCACAGCAGAUCAAGACCCUACUUCAACACCUUAAAUGCCUCGGCCACUUGGCUACAAAUGGUCUCCCCUCCAUGGGUGAAUGUAUCCUCCCCUCCUUGUCCAUCCCUCCCCUAGUAACAGAGGUGAUAGCGUCUGAGCAGACUGACUCCAAUAACCAUUUAGAAAGGAUGGAUGAGACUUUGACCAUUUUAAGCUCAGCCUCUUUUAGCAAAGAGGUGGCGCCAGUAUGUGUGAUUGACAGCACAGAUUACGCAGGACCAGAGGUAGAGUUAAGAACAAGUUUAGGCCUAAGUGAGAGCGCUGUGGAGAGGACAGAAACCAGGAUGAUGCAGGGGGAGGAAGAGGAACAACUCCUGGAAGAGGAAUCUGGGGCAACCAACCCUGAAGUCAGAGGGGUAGAACCUAACCUUGGGGAAGCAGAGAAAUAUAGAAAAGGGCAUACUGAAGUGAGAGAGAAUGGUGACAGAGAUGAAGGGCAACAGGAUCUCAGGAAGGAAGAAGACAGGGAGGGAGAUGAAGCUCACCAUGCACCCCACUAUGGCACGAUGAUCAAUGAAGUGAAGCUGGCAAGAUGGAAGGGGCAGGUCCUAAAGCAAAAGAAGAUGAGUGACAACUUGGUGAUCCCCCUGAAAUGGCUUCCAGAGUCACCAGCUAAAGAGAACUUGGCUGAAUCCUGUAUUGUUUCACACAGGAAAGGAAACUCAGGAUGGGCCAUGGAGACAUGUACGCGGGUCUUUGCCUGUUCCCAGUGCCUUGUAUGUCAUGUAGAUGAAGUAUGUCUUCAUCAACAUAUUGAGAGGGUUCACCCAGAACAGUACAGGAUGUGUGUAAAGUCUGCAGAGAAUGGAGCAGAGAACCCACCACCUCCCAGCAGCACACCCAUGUCUCUUAAGACACCCCCUGCCCAGACACACUCCGAGACAGUAACUCCGAGGUCCCGUACGUGCUCCCAUUGUGGGAAGAGUUUCAGAUCACAUGCUGAUCUGACAAGGCAUCAGCGAACUCACACAGGGGAGCGCCCGUUCCACUGCUCCCAGUGUGGCAAGAGAUUCAUAACUGCAUGGGACCUCACAAGACACCAGCGAACUCAUGAAAAGAGGUAUCCAUUCUUCUGCAGUCAGUGUGGCAAGAGCUUUGAGUCCUCUGCAGAGCUCUUGCAACACAAGCAGACUCACCCCACAAAGCUGCAGUACAACUGUCGGCAGUGUGGGAAGAGUUUCGACUCCUUGCUCGAACGAUCAAAACACCGGCAAACCCACGCCAUCAGACGCCAGUACAAGUGCCCACAGUGCGAAAAGAGCUACACACGGCCUUCAGACAUGAGGAGACACCAGCGCAGUCACACAGGGGAGCGCCCAUACCACUGUGCCCUAUGUGGCAAGACAUUCAAAUCAUCAUCGGGGGAGAAAAAACACCAGCAAACCCACACAGGCGAGCGCCCAUUCCCCUGCUCCCAUUGUGGAAAGAGAUUUACUCGGCUACCCAUCCUGACCAGACAUGAGCGAAUACACACCGGGGAGAGACCCUACCUUUGCUCCAAGUGUGGAAAGAGUUUCCUUUCUUUAGGUGAACUGUCAAAGCACCAAAAAUGUCACACGGAGGAAAGACCAUAUCUUUGUUCCCACUGUGGAAAGGGUUUUAAGAGAGAGGGCACCUUGAUAAAACACCGGAGAACUCACACAGGCGAGCGCCCAUUCAGUUGUUCCCAGUGCGAUAAAACCUUCACUGAUAAGUCAGGCCUCACCAGACAUGAGUUAAUUCACACUGGUGAGAGACCAUACAUUUGCUCUCAGUGUGGAAAGAGUUUUCUUUCCUCAGGGGAACUGCUGAAACAUCAGCGAUUCCACACAGGGGAACGCCCGUUCCACUGCUCCGAAUGUGGAAAGAGUUACACUCAGUCCUGUUAUCUGAAAAGACACCAGCAAAGUCAUACAGGUGAACGACCCUAUCACUGUUCCCAGUGCAGGAAAAGCUUCCCUUCACGUACCCAACUGAAGAGGCACAUGCGACUUCACACUGACACAGCAGGCAUCUGUGUCACAUUCAAAGCAGAAGAACCUCAAUCUCAACAAACUGUGACCAUGAGGAGCAGCAGAAGAAGUCUGCGUUCAAUCUGACUGCAAAGGUUUAAUUUUUUACUUCAAAAGGACACAUGGCAACAUGUAGCAAAUUUAACAGCUUCUCUUCCAGCACCACAGAUCUGUGGGGUGGCACAUGUUCAAGUUUUACCACCAUCCCCAGAAACCAAUAAAGUCAUGCCCUCUCCAGCUGUGAUGGGCACCAAACUGUCCUGAAACAGCACAGCCCUCAUAACCCCCCUGAACAUCUUAGAGUUCAGGUCCCUCACCUUGUGACUAUCAUCGGUAAACACAGCCAAACAACAGAGGGUAUUUGCGCAAAUAUCGUAUUUCAUGAGUGUCCAGACAUUCAUCAAUCAGUAUUUUUCAUUCAUUUCCUUGACUGUCAAUCUCUUAUUUUGUGUGAUUGUUGGUGGAAAACCAAGCAAACAAAGAAAGGGCUGCAUAGUUGAUGAGGGGGGCACAGUAUUUAGACUGGAUGCAUCCUUUGCAGUCACAGGCCCACAGUCUUCAGUCCCUGUUUCUCCGUGAUGUUCCACAGCUUGCGUAGGUUUGACUGGGUGACGACGUCAUCCAGCUUAAGCUGGAGUGCCCGCAGGUAAUUGGCCUCUGCUUCCUGGAGUUUACCAUUUAGGUGGAGGACAGCUCCCAAAUUCAUGAGGGCUGCUGGGUACUACAAGGACACUAUCCAGUUAGCAGGAAAAAACUGGUGUACUGAAACACAGUGCGCUCCUAUGGUUAGCAGAACACACUGAGCAUACUGAAACACAGCUGAACAUAGCAUACUGAAACACGAUUAGCAGAACAUACUCAGCAUAAUGAAACACAGUGCAC